AAGAUCUCGCCCAGACGGGCUUUGGAUGAGCGACGGAGGAUUGGAUUAGGGCAAAGGAAUGGCGAGCGUCCUUGGCAGCAUUGCCUCCGCGUCGCCAGCGCCAUCGUCGGCGGCAGCGUCCAAGCUCGGGAGCGCCGGCGUCUUCAGCAAGACUGUGAGUUUCCCGCUGCUAGGGCCGCCAAUCGUAAUCCUCCGGCAUUCUUCCUCCGCGGCCCCUGCCAAGAUCGUUUGCCUGGGCAAUGGCGCCGGUAGCAAGCCCCUCUUGGCUAGCUUGUCCGGGUUUACUGUCACCAGCGACAGUCCAUCAUUCUCGGCAGGGAAUGCGAGCGCGAGCGAGGAGCUCGCUAUUGCGAGCUUGGGCAUCGACAGCAGGAUUGUGGACGCCCUUGCCAAGAGGGGCAUUGUGAAUUUGUUUCCUAUCCAGAGAGCUGUCUUUCAACCGGCAAUGCAAGGACUCGAUCUCAUCGCUCGUGCCAAGACAGGAACUGGCAAGACGCUGGCCUUUGGGAUUCCAAUCCUGGAUAACAUAUCGAGGGAAAAGAGUAGUAUGCAAUUCAGGUGAGCCUGACAUCGUACUACACAAUGCUUGAUUUUGUUUUUCUUUGAAUCCAGACCAGCGGGAACUCCACGAGCAAUCAUUCUGGCACCAACUAGGGAGCUCGCGAAACAAGUUGAGAACGAGCUUGUGCUCGCAGCUCCACACUUAUCUGUGGUUUGCAUCUAUGGUGGUGUUAGUAUCGAAGGCCAACGAAGGCAACUAGCAUCCAGUGUUGAAGUGGUGGUGGGAACUCCCGGCCGAGUCAUCGACAUGCUUGAGAGGGGCGACUUGAGACUGAACGAAGUAAAGUUUGCGAUCCUGGAUGAAGCGGAUCAGAUGCUUGCUGUUGGUUUUGCCGAGGAGGUCGAGAGAAUCAUGCAAAAGUUGCCGCUUCAGCGUCACACCAUGCUUUUCUCCGCGACAAUGCCGAGCUGGAUAAGGAACUUAACAAGCAAGUAUCUUAAGAAUCCAACAAUGAUAGACCUGGUCGGUGAAAAUGAGGAUAAAGUUGCUGAAGGAAUCAAGCUCUAUGCAGUUUCUACAAAUGACCUCGCCAAAAACAAACUUCUGGCCGAUCUUCUCACGGUCUAUGCGAAAGGAGGCAAAGCCAUAGUAUUCACGAAGACGAAGAGAGAUACGGACGAUGUUGCUGCUGUGAUGAGCCGUUCCAUUGGUUGUGAAGCCUUGCAUGGGGAUAUUUCUCAGUACCAAAGAGAGAAGACCCUGAGUGGGUUCCGUGACGGGAGAUUCAACGUUCUAGUCGCAACGGAUGUUGCAGCUCGGGGGCUUGACAUUCCAAAUGUGGAUCUCAUUGUGCAUUACGAGGUUCCCGGAGAUUCGGAAACUUUCGUUCAUCGAUCCGGAAGAACAGGCCGAGCGGGCAAGAAGGGGACCUGUAUACUUAUGUAUACUCUUAAUCAAAAGAGGGUCCUACGCACGAUUGAAAGCGAAGUUGGCUGCAAAUUUGAAGCUAUAGGCCCGCCUGCGGCUGAGGAUGUACUUGCCAGUUCUUCUGAUCAUGCGUCGGAGUCGAUCAAAAGCGUGCACCCGGAUCUCGCAAAGCUCUUUCUGCCUGCUGCGCAAAAACUACUGGAAGAGCAGGGCGUUACCGCUCUUGCAGCAGCUAUGGCCCAUGUUAGCGGUGUUACUCAACUCCCUCCGAAACGAUCGCUCUUGACAUACGAGGAGGGAUACAUGACUUUGCAGCUGACCGGUGGAAAUUUGAUUGACUCAAGUGCGGUCUCGUCAGCUGUAAUGCAACUUAGCUCCAAAGCAGGAAUGAGCAUGGGGAGAGUUACAAUGCUUUCGAGUUCGACGGCCACCGGAGGGGUGUUCGAUCUUCCAGAAGAUCUUGCCAAGGAGAUUCUUGCACUUCAAAAUGUUGGAAGCAAUGUUCUCACUGCCGUAAAAGUUCUUCCCGAUUUACAAGAAGACUACUUCCAGUCAUCAUUCAGUCGAGGAAGGAGCUUCGGUGGAGGAUUUAGGAGUGGCGGAUCCUCGUACGGCGGCGGUUCAUCUUAUGGCAACAGGGGUGGCUCGUCCUUUGGAGGCUCUUCAUAUGGAGGAAGUCGCACUGGUUCCGGUUAUGGUUCCUCCUCAUACAACAGUGGAGGUGGUUAUGGUAGAAGCGAAGGCUCGAGCUAUGGGGGGUCAUCCUAUAACAGUGGAUCCUCGUAUGGCAACAGGUCAGGAAGCUAUAGCUCUCCAAGCUAUGGUGGAAACAACGGUUCCACUUUUGGUAACUCUUCAAACUACGGUGGAUCUGGAUCGUGGUCCAACUCCAACAGCAGGGACGCUGGCUACGGUUCCAACAGCAGGGAUGCUGGCUACGCCACUGGCUCUUCCACUGGCUUUGGUGGAAAUGCUGGUUCCUCCACAGGCCACGGCGGGACUGGCUACGGUGGAACCUCCGGUUCAUCCACUGGAUACAAUGGAGCUGGCUUUGGUGCAAGUUCUGGUUCCUCCACUGGCUAUGGUGGAACGUCUUCAUCUACUGGAUAUGGUGGAACGUCUCCAUCCACUGGAUACGGUGGAACGUCUUCUAGUGGUUUCGGAGGGAACUCGUCGACAGGAUUUGGAGGAAAUUCGUCGAGUGGCUUUGGAGAAACAUCAUUUGGUGGAGCUCGAGGCUACAAUGCCAACCCGACGACUCCCAACGCAGGGACUGACUAUGGCUGGAGGAAAGGUGCCGGGAGCUCGGGAGGAUCAACCGGUGCCACAACUCCUUCAUACGGAGGAGGAUAUCCUCCUCCUUUUUCAACCGGAGGAGGAUAUCCUCCUCCAUCUCAACCUGGCUAUGGUGCGUCGGCUGGGAACACUGGCUAUGGAACUUCCGGCAACUACGGUUAUGGCAAUUCUCCUUCGGCUACUGGGACUACCUACGGCUAUGGCAACUCUGCCUCCACCAACAAUGCUAGUGGCGGCUACGGUGGAAAUCCCGGCAAUGGGUAUGGUUCAAGCACAUCGAACACAGGAACAGGAUUUUCGUCUGGGGGUGGUGGCUAUGGAGGCUCUCAAAGCUCGUAUGGAUCCAGUCAAGCCCCUUCCUCGUAUGGCUAUGGUGGCAACCCGUCCCAAGGUGGCGGCUAUGGCUCCAGCGGCUAUGGAGCGGCUUCUCAAAACUCUCCCGGGUAUGGCCGCGAUUAUAACGCGCGUGACCAGAAUUCUUCUCGUGGCUAUGAAGCUGGAAACUCGACUCCAAACGAUCAAGGUGAUCGUCAAACGAGCUGGAAUGAGCUGAGUUGUCUUAUAGAGAGGAUGCUGUGGAAUGCUCGUUUCCGAGACGCAUUGCGCACUCCACAUUUCAAAAGUAAGCAGAAAUGUACUUCAGCUUCACCUCCUCUCUUCAAUCUGCUCUCUGAUGAAAUAGUGGAACAUUUCGAAGCGUUUAUUCCUUUCAUGGUGUACUUGAUUCAUAAUCAACUAUCUUCAGAUGAAGAAGCGGUGGAGAUUCUGGUCAUGUCCUUUGAAGAUCGAUUCAAUAAGUUGAUGGAUAUGAAAGUCCUAGGAGCUUUGGAGACAGCACAUGUGGAACCUCUUGGAGGUCCAACUCAAGUAAGAGGAGAUGGAAAUGCAUUGAGAGGGAGUGUACAGUGUGGCAACGUUUAUUCCCUGGCAUUUCAGCACUGGGGGGAUGCUGUCGCCAACUUUCUUGUGGCCUCCAUCAUGGCCCUAGGGAAGCACUCCGUGCUUCUUCAGGACUUGCGGUGGAUUGCUGCGGGGGAGCCCAGAGCUGGAUCAUUGGCUCCACAAGGACAGUGGCGUAUUUACCCUUCAACGAUACAUCUUGCGGUCCAAUCGUUACAAGAGUUCAAUGAAACAUGGUUGAAAACAAGAUUCGGCGAUCAUGGAGUUCCGGAGGUUGCGCCCGCCCGCAUGAGCUCUGAUGGAGGCUUGAAGCUGAAGCUCACUACAUCUUUGCUGCCAAGGCCACUAGUUGUGGAGGUUACUGUUCGUGGGACUUUAUUGUCAGAGGCAGAAGUCCGAUGCAACAUACAGUUGCUCAAGGUGGUGACCCUAGGAGUUCUUGAGGAGCAGCGACUAAUUCAGCUUGCAAAGACAGCUUUGCCAAAGGAGCGAAGCCCUGGGAAGAAAGCCAGGGAGAAGAAAUCAGUGAAGAAAGCAGACCCUGGAGGACUGGAGGAGAAAAAUGACAGCAAAGGCAGGAGGAAAGCAAUGAAGCAAGCUGCCGCUUCGUCCAUAGACUCAGAUGAUGCUGAAGUUUCUGGUGAGGAGGGCAGAAUAUCCACAGAAGUGGAAGAUGCUUUGGCCGAAAUUCCACUUCCAAACGACGUAAAGGUACUUGCAAGAGCUCCUCCUACCACCCGAGCUUUUAUUCGUCCAGAUCAGGAGGAACGCCAGCGUGUCGACGAGAUGGUGGGCGAGCUAUUAGCGGAUGGAAUGGUGGAAUUGAGCACGAGUUCUGGUUCUCAAGAAGCUAUGGCGAGCCAGGUCCUGUUGGGAGCGCCAAGCUUGGCGCCGUCGGCCGCAUUCCCUGCCUCCCGGCCGGGGAAGAGCCCUGCGGCAUUGCGCAAGAGCGUGCUAGGGUCUCCAGCUCCGGCGCCAUCGCCAGCACCAGUUCGUCUCUUCGCGAAUCCGAGGUAUGGAACCAGAUGCUGCUCCUACAGCGCCGAUAGCAGCGCCUCGAGCGGUGGUGGGGGCUUUGGAGCUGGUUCUAGCCCCGGCUAUGGCGGCGGCGUGAGCAACAACAACAACAUCUGGAUUAAUCCCAAUGCCACCGAGGAGGACAAGAAGAACUUCGUCUACAGCACGGGGAGCUCUUCGAUCGACAAAAGGAUUGGGAAGACAUGGGCGAAUCCAAGCGCUGGUGGCGUAGAUAGCCCCGGUGGGGGCUAUGGUAGCUCUGUGGCUCCUCCUGGCGGUGGCGCUGAUUAUUCUGGCCAGAAAGGGGCUGCUUCUAGUGGAGAAGCUGAUGCGAAUGCUCUAUCCGGUGGAGGAUCUACUGGAAGCGGUGCUGCUUCUGGUGGACUUGGUGGUGCUCCUGCUACUACUUUCGAUGCGGCUGCUUCUCCGGCUACUCCAUCGACCACUGGUUAUACUGGAGGCGCUGGUGCUCCUGCGGGUGGCUAUGGUGUGAGCUCGUCGACGGGCUAUGGCGGUGGCUAUGGCGCGAGUGGAGCUUCUUCUACUGGCUAUGGAGCUGGAACGUCCUCGACUGGUUAUGGUGCUGGAACGACGCCCUCGACUGGAUAUGGUGCUGGAACGACGCCCUCGACGGGGUAUGGUGCUGGAACGUCCUCGACUGGCUAUGGUGCGGGAACGACGCCCUCGACGGGGUAUGGUGCUGGAACGUCCUCGACUGGCUAUGGUGCUGGAACGUCCUCGACUGGUUAUGGUGCUGGAACGACGCCCUCGACUGGAUAUGGUACUGGAACGUCCUCGACUACCGGAGGCUAUAGUGGAAACCCAUCAACAGGCUAUAGCUCGCCUGGGUCGACCGGAUACGGAACUUCUUCCGCGUCCACCGGCUAUGGAAGCUUUGGCGGAACGUCCCCGGCAUCGACUGGCUAUGGGACUGGCACAACCCCGAGCUCCACGACCGGUUAUGGAUCGUCGACUGGUUUUGGAGACGCGUCCACUGGCUACGGUGGAGGAAACUCAUCCACCUCGACUGGCUAUGGUCAAAACUCUUCGACGGGCUUUGGUGAUGGUCAAAACUCUUCGGGAAGUUCUACCAGUUCUGGCACGGGUUACGGUGGAGCUGGUUCCUCGACUGGAUAUGGAAGCUCGGGAAAUUCUUGGGCUGGAAAUGCUUCAACCGGAUAUGGUGGAAGCUCGUCAGCAGGGAGUACCUUCGGUGGGGGCUACGGUGGGAACUCCUCGACUGGAAGCGGAUUUGGCGGCUCCACAAAUUUUGGAGAAAGUUCUUCGACUGGAAGCGGCUUUGGUGGCUCCACUGGUUUCGGUGGGACUUCUUCGGGUGGCUUUGGUGACAAUUCUUCAACUGGAAGUGGCUUUGGCGGUGGUUUCGGUGGAAACUCUUCGACGGGCUUUGGUGGGAGCUCAACCGGCUAUGGUAGCUCCAACGGCUUUGGCGGGAGCUCCUUUGGUGGCGGAAGCUCAUUCGGCAGGAGCUCGCCUGGCUUCACGCCCAGAUACCACAGCAACCCGACGACGCCCAACGCAAGCACUGACUUUGGGUGGAGGAAGGGGAUGAGCACCGCUCCAACGCCGCCACCCCCGCCGCCAUCCACAGAGCCGGACAGCUCCACAACGCCAUUCUCGGCUACAAGUUUCCUCGGGGGAAAUCCUGGAGCUUCCUCGCCCGGAUACGGGACCACGCCUAGCUCUUCGUAUCCGGGAGGCUCCACAGGAGGCUCGUUUGGCUCCACAGCGACGGGAGGCUACCAAGGAAACUCUACGGGCUUUGGGUCCUCGACGAGUGGCGGCUACCAAACGAGCAGCUCUCCAGACUUUGGAUCCUCGACAACGCCGUCGUGGAACAGCGCACCAUCUUCGAGUCCGAGCACGGGGUGGAACAGUGCACCGUCUUCGAACCCAAGCACGGCGUGGAACAGUGCACCAUCUUCAAGUCCGAGCACGGGGUGGAACAGUGCACCUUCUUCGAGCCCAAGCACGGCGUGGAACAGUGCACCAUCUUCCAGCCCGAGCACGGAGUGGAACAGCGCACCAUCUUCGAGCCCGAGCACGGGAUAUGGGAGUGAGAGCGCUGCUUCAACUAGCUCGCAGGCGGCAGCCCCUGGAGCGGCUCCAAGUUUUGAUUCAGGUAUAUAGUCUUUGAGUAUGGUUUGGUUUCUAAGAUUGAAUACAAUGUUGUUGACGCUGGUAA